UGCAAAUAGAGCACUGGACAUCAUCUGCAUUCAGAAUGGGUCGAGUUAUUAUUUGGACUGGUUUAGCUCUCUUGCUGUUUCUUCACUGCAGUUCUGCUUUGAAGCUUGUUUGCUAUUUCACCAACUGGUCUCAGUACAGGCAAGAUAGAGGAAAAUUUUUGCCUAAAGACAUCGAUCCCAAACUGUGCACUCAUCUCAUUUACACAUUUGCGGGAAUGAAAGACAAUAAGAUCACAACGAUAGAGUGGAAUGACGAACAGCUCUACAAGGAUUUCAAUAACCACAAAAAAACGAAUCCAGGAUUGAAUACACUUUUAGCUAUUGGUGGAUGGAAUUUUGGUAGUGCAAAAUUCUCUGCAAUGGUAGCUACUGCUCAAAACCGCCAGGUAUUUAUUUCUUCUGUGGUUUCAUUGCUCCGAAAACAUGACUUUGAUGGCUUAGACCUAGAUUGGGAAUAUCCUGGUGCCAGAGGCAGCCCUGCAGUGGAUAAACAACGUUUCACCCUCUUAGUUCAGGAAAUGAUGAAAGAAUUUACAGCAGAAGCCCAGAGGACAGGAAAGAAAAGACUCUUGCUUAGUGCUGCCGUUGCUGCUGGGAAGCAGACUAUUGACAAUGGUUAUGAAGUGGACAAGAUUUCAGCAUAUUUGGACUUUAUCAAUCUCAUGUCAUAUGAUUUUCAAGGAGCUGGAGUCACAGGGCACGUCAGCCCCCUUUUCCCUGACACUGACAAUGCUGUGCAGUACUGGAAGACCAAGGGAGCGCCACCUAAAAAGAUCAUUCUGGGAAUUCCUGCCUAUGGACGAACCUUCACCCUUUCUACUUCACAGAAUGGAGUGAAGGCACCAACUUCAGGGCCUGGCACACCUGGUGUUUACACAAAAGAAAGAGGAUUUUUGUCUUAUUAUGAGAUCUGUGACUUUAAAAAUGGUGCUACCACAAAAGUGAUUGAAAGUCAGAAAGUUCCAUAUUCCUUCAAAGGAAACCAAUGGGUAGGAUACGAUGAUGUCAGGAGCAUUACCAAAAAGGUCCAGUAUUUGAAAAAACAAAACCUCGGUGGUGGUAUGGUGUGGGCCUUAGACCUAGAUGACUUCAGUGGCUCCUUUUGCAAAGAAGGAAGAUACCCACUUAUUCAAACUCUGAAAAAGCAGAUGAGUUCCACAAAUUAAUUGGGUUUCUCUUUCACUUUCAGCAGCAUUCCUGAAUAUGAAAUGUCAGAUCUAGAUUCAACACAAACCGCUUCACCAGCAGCAAUUUUUCACUUUGAUAUGGCUAAAGGGAUCUACAGCAUAUUAAACUAUAAAAUGAAUUAUAUAUUAGAGUAUAAGUAAUCUAGUAUAGUAUUUCUGAUCCAACAAGUACCAUUUCCAGAUGCUGGAUCCAGUAAGGCUAAUGCUUGACAAUCCAUACAGAUGAUGCAACUAUUUUAAUUGAAGCACCGGUCCUCAUCAGUCCCGAAGAUAAUAAUAUUCUAUAACUAGCAAUGUAUUGUCUCUAAAUUAAACUAUCCAUUCUUUCCAAUGUAUUCAUCAACACAUUUCUUUAACCUUUAA